AUGGCGAAAUUUCAAAGUCGCAAAAGAAAGCUACACGCAAGUGGAGGGAAGGCGAGCGGCAGCAGUUUCAGAUUCACUGCAAAUAGGCUACAUGACGGCUCGUCGGGUGACGUCCGCUCUGCAGGUUUUUCGAUAGGCCUGGGCCCCGUCGUGUGGCUCCUGAACGCCGAACUGGUGCCGUGUCGUGGCAGCGGCACUCUGAUCUCUAUGGUGUCGGCGUUCAACUGGACGUGCGCCGUGGGAGUGACCAUCUUCUUCGACCAGGUGCGAGACUCACUGCGGCUCUCCGGGCUCGGCUUCUUCUUCAGCAUCGUCACUUUCAUCGGGGCGAUGCUCGUCACUUUUUUCCUUCCCGAGACCGGCCGAAUCACGCUAGAAGAGCUGCUUCAAGAGAACCUCUUCUACGUCGGGGAUGCCGAGCCACAGGCCGGUCGCAAAGGAGAGAAGAAAUGAACGUAUGGCACUCCGCCGAUGCAUUCAGGCGAUAUCAAAGAUGUCGCAUUCGUAAA